AUGUCCUACAAUUGCUGCUCUGGAAACUUCUCCUCCCACUCCCUUGGGGUUUACCAGUGCUAGCCAGGCUUCUCCUGUGGCUCCUUCUAACCCAGCAACCUAGUCUACAACACUGACCUCUGCUCUCCCAACACCUACCAGCUGGACUCCUCUUUCUACAGUCAGGAGACCUGCUGUGAGCCCACCAGGUGCCAGAUGUCCUGUGUGGUGUCCAGUCACUGCCAGACAUCCUGCUACCACCCAAGGACCCCCACACUCUGCUGGAAAACUUACCCUGGGUCUCUGGGCUUUAGGUUCAGCAGCUGCAACUCCCUGAGCUGUGGAUCUGGAAACUGCUACUCAUUGGGCUGUGGAUCCAAUGGCUUUAGACCCAGGGUUCUCUCUGUUAGUAGCUUUCCUCCAUUCCAUUUGUAA